GCUGUGUACAGCUGUGUCCAGCGUUUUGCAGCAAACCUCUUGCUGCAUGAUGAGCGAGAUGGGCGCUUGAAGUUGCAACGGGUUGCUAGGAAGGAGCCUAGACAUCCUACUAUUGGAAUACUGGGGAAGUUUUUACUUUCCAGGUUUGGCAUCUUCAAAUCCUAGCAUCUAGCAUCUUACAGCACCUUCUAUCGUGCCGCCGCCAGCCGCUUCUCCUGCUGCAAUCUCCUCCUGCCACAAGGCCCAUGGUCGACUCAUACGUCCUGUAGUCCUUCACUGCUUCUCCAAGUCAAUUCGGUGAAAUCUCAAUCAGGAAGUACAAGCAAAGCAUGACACGAAUCAGUCCUCCGGAGGCCCCCCUUGCGCAGGACGGGGAUGCCGACGAGGCGAUGGACCCAUACAGCAGGGUCAUGGACAUUCCCAUGCCAGACGCUGCGGAUGGGACAGAGGCACCGGACGCCACGUCCCCUAUGGAAGUCAUUCAAGCAGGCGACGGCGUCCCAACAGUUGCCAACAAGGACGAGGACGAGGACAGCUUGACUGGGAGCUUCACCUGGAAGAUUGAAAGUUUUUCAAAGGCCGUUGGUCCAAAACUCUACUCAGAUCCUUUUACUGUCGGCGGAUACCACUGGCGCGUCCUGAUCUUUCCACGGGGCAACAACUCGGACAAUUUGUCCUUGUAUCUGGACGUUCCUGAGGCUGCAAAAUUGCCAUAUGCCUGGCAGCGGCAUGCAAAGUUCAACCUCAAAGUGAUCAACCAGGUAGACGAGGAAAAGACAAUCCGGAAAGAGACGGACCACAUGUUCUGCGACAAGGCUAGCGACUGGGGCUUCACAAGUUUCAUGCCCCUGGCGGACCUGGUCGACCCGGCGGCUGGCUUUCUGCACGACGACGUGGUGGUGGUGCGCGCCGACGUGCAAGUGAAGAAAGUGGUUGACUACUGGAACUGGGACUCCAAGAAGGAGACCGGCUUCGUGGGGCUCAAGAACCAGGGGGCCACCUGCUACAUGAACUCCCUGCUCCAGACGCUGUACCACAUCCCCUACUUCCGCAAGUCGGUGUACCACAUGCCGACCACGGAGAACGACAGCGCGGCGAGCAGCAUCCCGCUGGCGCUGCAGCGGCUGUUCUACAAGCUGCAGUUCAAGGACACCAGCGUGUCCACCAAGGACCUCACCACCUCCUUCGGCUGGGGGCCCACCGAGUCCUUCGAGCAGCACGACGUGCAGGAGCUCAACCGGAUCCUGUGCGAGAAUCUGGAAGAGAAAAUGAAGGGCACGGCUGUGGAGGGCACGAUCCAGCAUCUGUUUGAGGGGCACCAGCUGAGCUUCAUCGACUGCAUCAACGUGGACUACAAGUCGGAGCGCAAGGAGGCCUUCCUGGACCUGCAGCUCGACGUGCGCGGCUGCAAGAACGUGUACGAGUCGUUCGACAAGUACGUCGAGGUGGAGAUCCUGGCCAAGGAGAACUCGUACCAGGCAGAGAGCUUCGGCCUGCAGGAAGCGAGGAAGGGGGUGAAGUUCGUGGACUUUCCCCCGGUACUACAGCUGCAACUCAAGCGUUUCGACUUCGAUUACGAGAGGGGGAUCAUGACAAAGAAUAACGACCGGUACGAGUUCCCCGCGGAGCUGGACCUUGACCGGGACGACUACAAGUACCUCACCGAGGAUGCCGACCGGAGUGUGCGUAACAAAUACCUCCUGCACAGCGUGCUGGUGCACAGCGGGGGCAUCCACGGCGGGCACUACUACGCCUUCAUCCGGCCGCAGCUGCGGUCCAACCAGUGGUUCAAGUUUGACGACGAGCGGGUCACCAAGGAGAGCGCCAAGAAGGCCGUGGAGGAACAGUACGGGGGCGAGGAAGAGCUGCCGUCGCACGGGCUGGGCAACCCGCCCUCGUUCAAGUUCACCAAGUUUUCCAACGCGUACAUGCUGGUCUACAUCCGCGUCUCCGACAUCGAGAACAUCAUGUGCGACGUCACCAAGGAUGACGUGGCAGAACACCUGCAGCUGCGCGCGGCCAAGGAGGAGGAGGAGAAGGCGAUCAAGAAGAAGAACAAGGCGGAGGAGCACAUGUACACGCUCAUCAAGGUGGCCACCGAGGAGGACAUCCGGGCGCAGAUCGGCACCACCACGCACUUCGACCUCGUCAACUACGACUCCAUCAAGGUGCACCGCGUCAAGAAACAGACGCCCUUCCAGGAUUUCAAGGCGCAGAUCGCGGAGGAGUUGGGCAUCCCGGUGGCGCUGCAGCGGUACUGGGUGUGGGCCAAGCGGCAGAACAAGACGAAUCGGCCCAACCGGCCGCUGACGGCCGUGGAGGAGGCGCAGACGGUGCAGCAGCUCAAGGACAGCCACAUGAAGAUGCCGCUCACCGAACUGCGCCUCUUCCUCGAAGCACCCGUCCUGCGCGAGGACCUGAAGCAGCUGCCGCAGGCGCUUCCCGAGCGCACCAAGGAGGACAUCCUCAUGUUCUUCAAGCUGUACGACCCCGAGAAGGAGACCCUCCAGUACGUGGGCAGCCUGUACGUGCGGCUGUCGAGCCGGCCCACGGAGGUGAUGGGGCGCAUCAACCGGCUGGCGGGCUUCCCGGAGGACCAGCCCAUCAAGCUGUUCGAGGAGAUCAAGUUCGACCCCAACGUCAUGUGCGAGGCCAUCGACAAGAAGCUCACCUUCAAGGGCAGCCAGCUGGAGGACGGCGACAUCAUCUGCUUCCAGAAGGCGGCCCCGCUGGGGGUGGAGUCGCGCCACCGCUUCCCCGAGGUGCCGGCCUUUAUGGAGAACGUGGUCAACCGGCAGGUCGUGCACUUCCGCAAGCUCGAAAAGCCUUCCGCGCCAGACUUCGACCUAGAGCUGUCAAAGCAGCACUCGUACCUGGACGUGAUCUCCGCGCUGGCGGCGCACAUCGGGCUGGACGACCCCGCGAAGCUGCGGCUGUCGCAGCACAACGUGCACACGCACAUGCCCCGCGUGGCGCCGUUCAAGUACGCCACGAACGACAAGCUGUACGACAUGCUGCGCGGCAACACGUCCUACAGCGACAUCCUCUACUACGAGGUCCUCGACAUCCCCCUGCCCGACCUCGAGAAACUCAAGACGCUCAACGUCGUCUUUGCCAACUCCAAAGUCGAAGAGGUUGCAUCGCACCAGAUUCGGAUACCGCGCACCGGGACCGUGAGCGACCUCCUGGUAGAGCUGCGGAAGAAGGUGGAGCUGUCACGGCCCGACGCCGAGUUGCGCGUAGUGGAGGUCAUCAUGUCCAAAAUAUUCAAGAUUUUGCCGCCGGGGGAUCCGGUGGACAAGAUCAGCGACCAGUACUGGAAGAUCCGGGCGGAGGAGGUGCCCGAGGAGGAGCUGCAGGCGGGGCCGCAGGAUCGCCUUCUACACGUCUAUCACUUCCGGCGAGACAAGCUCAAUAAAGACCAGGCCAUCCUCUUUGGAAACCCGUUCUUGCUGGUUGUGCGGGAGGAGGAGACGAUGGGCGAGGUCAAGGCGCGCAUCAAGGCCAAACUGGGUGUCAAGGACGAGGACUUCGAAACGUGGAAGUUUGCUUACGUCAACAAUAAAGCCAGUCCAGUCUACUACGAAGAUCAAGACCUGGUGCUCGGUCGAUUCCCGCGAGCGGGCAGCAUCUUUGAAGCACCUUUCCUGGGGAUGGAGCACGCAGACACGGGGCCGAAACGAGCGCACGUGAUGAACUCGAUUCGUGAACGUCCAGUUAAGAUCUACAACUAGGGGAUCCGCUUGUUGCAACGGUUGGUAGGUAGGUAGGUGUCUAAAAUACUCGAAGAUAUCGCUUUGAUCUGUGUAUUCGCACACUGUGUCUGUGUCUGACUUCGCCUGCACAUCAUUGGCGGAGAAUGGGCUGCGGCAUCGCUAAUCUAAUCCGGAGGUGAUCAGGCAGUGUUGUGCGCAUGGAUCCUUGCUGAUGCUGCAAUGUUGGCAACUUUGGUAUGUGCAUUGGUUGGCAGCCUGCUAUUGCUCUUGGGAUAGCUGUGCGAAUUUUUGCCGCCUGGCAGCCUCUAUGUUAGGAAGCACCAACAUUGAAAUCCAGGUCACUAGUGCAGUCAAAUUACUAAGGAAGAGUCUCAGGCUCAAGCUAGAUAUGGGUGGUGCACCGACAGCACUGGCACAGGCCCGUUUGCAGUAUCCGACUUCGUUCACAUGGC